UAAACGGGUUUCGGCCAGCAGGGGGCGGGGCUUUACUGCUGGAGCGGGAUGAUUGACGGGCGAGUGGAGCAGCUCAUUGGCUGUCAGCGCUCUCUGGCGUCAUGAACCUACACGAGGCGCAGAAACCCAUUCAUUUUGGACUUGCUCGGGAGCGCCCUCUAGCGUCUGAGAACCCCAGAAGACACUGCAGAGCGGGAGCUCUCUGGUGCUACUCACCACCUCGCCAGCAGGUGUCAGUACUGCGCCGAGUGCGGCGGGCCACAGAGGGAGAGGCCGAGUGGGACGCGCUGGACUCCGGUGGAGUGGACCGAGCUGAGGAGGACGGUCAGAGAGUCAUCCUUCACUUUGAUUUGGACUGCUUCUACGCUCAGGUGGAGAUGAUCCGAAACCCAGCCCUGCGCACCAAACCCCUAGGAGUUCAGCAGAAGUACAUCGUCGUGACGUGUAACUACGUGGCGCGGGAGCGAGGAGUGAAUAAGCUGAUGGGGGUGAAGGAGGCUCUGGAGAAGUGCCCUGACCUGGUGCUGGUGAAGGGCGAGGACCUCGUGCACUACAGAGAAAUCUCAUACAGAGUCACAGAGCUGCUGAUGUCGUACUGCCCCCUGGUGGAGCGGCUGGGAUUCGACGAAAACUUUAUGGACGUUACAGAGAUGGUGGACAAGCGGAUGAAAGAGACGAACAUCUCCGAUCUCUCCUUUGUGGGACACAUCUACGGACACGAGGCCUCAGCCGUGGGGGUCCGGGAGCACUCCAGGCUGGCUGUGGGGUCAGUAAUAGCGGCUGAACUGCGGGAGGCGCUGCGGAGCAGGCUGGAGUUGACUAGCUGUGCCGGCGUCGCUAACAGCAAACUCCUGGCCAAGCUGGUGUCUGGAGCUUUCAAACCAAACCAGCAGACCACGCUGCUGCCCCAGAGCAGGGGGACGCUGAUGGACAGCCUGAGUGGACCCUGCAAAGUGCCUGGAAUCGGCUACAGGACGGGGGCGAGGCUGAAGGCUCUGGGUGUGCUCAGUGUGAGAGACCUGCAGAUGUUUCCUCUCAGAGAGCUGAUCCGGGUGUUCGGAGAAGCAAACGGCAAACGCCUUCAGAGCCUCGCCUGCGGCACAGACCUUUCACCAGUGACCCCUGCGGGACCGCCGCAGUCCCUGAGCGACGAGGACUCCUUUAAGAAAAUCUCCACGGUGAGUGAAGUGGAGAGUAAAGUGAAGGAUCUGCUGAGCAGCCUGUGUGAGAGGAUGCGUAAGGAUGGCCGGCUGCCUCAGACUCUAAGACUGACCCUCAGACGGGCCACUACGGACACUCUGAGCCGCUGGUUCAGCCGAGAGAGCCGACAGUGCCCGAUACCCAAACACACCGCACACAGGAUUAGAACAGGCUGCAGUGAGGCGGUGCCCCAGCUGGUUUCCAUAGCGAUGAAGCUGUUCCACAGAGUGGUGGACGUCAGCGGGUCGUUCCACCUGACGCUGCUGAACGUCUGUUUCAGUAACCUGCAGAACAAAACGCCCAGCAGGACCUCCAUCAGCUCCUUCUUCACCCACAGCGCUGCUACUGCAGCACACACACUCACACGGGGACAGGAAACCGAGGCAGAUGUCAGUUUGUGUGAGGAUUCGUCCGGCUUCACUCAGCCUGACGACACUCAGAACAGUAAAGAAUUCAUGCACACGCCCCUCUCGACUUCAUCAUCAUCAUCGUCAUCAUUAUUGAGCCAGAAUUCACUGCCACAGCCAGUCGGGGCCAAAUCCUCCACAUUUCCCAAGCGACCAGCUCCAAAACACUCAGGAUUGGACGCGAGAGAUUCCGGGAUGGCUAGCAUCCCGGAGGAGAAGUGUUCUAGACUGCCUCCUCACGUUGACCCAGACGUCUUUCAGGCUCUUCCAGAACACAUCCAGAUGGAGCUCAUGGCGAGCUUCCAGGCUGGAGCCUCUGUUCCGGAAGGUUCUAUGGAAAGGCGGCCCUCGGGUCCUGCUGAACAGCCUGGGGAGCCGAUACAGUUUCACAUAAAUCAGCAAGAAACACCACAACACGCCCAGCUAGCCCUGAAUCAGAGCAGCUGGGUGGUCCACAAUGAUGAUCUCAGCGCAGGGGAUGCCCCAAACGAUGACCUCGGAAUGGAAGGUCAAAGGUCGCCGGACAGCAGAGCUGCUGAGAGUCGCCCACUUGCCCAAACCAGCCGCCCUGACGUUCCUCCCAACGUAGACCCGCUGGUCUUCUCCCAGCUUCCCUCAGACAUGCAGACAGAGCUGCUAGCAGAGUGGAAGCAGCGCAAACCUGCGCUAAAAACAUCGUCCAGACGGGCAGCCAAGCCCUCGCCCAAACACACGGCGGCCCGAGGCCGCAGAGCUGCGGCCAAAGGCUCCCCUGACAACAGCCUGCUGAGGUACUUCAGACCCCAGCGAGAGGAAAACGCCACCGGUCCCCAGCGCUACUGCUAGCUCGCUCAGCUAGCCAGCUAGCUUUGGCAAAGUGCUGCAUUUUUGUUUUCGGGGUUUUUUUGUGCUUUUCCACAUUUUCAGUCCACCAUCCAUGUGUACGUGCCUUAUACCUGAAAUCCGCUGUUCAGCUUCACGAAUCAGUCCAGAAACAUUCCGUUUACCUCGCUACGUCGAUCCCGGCGGCGGCUAAUGCAGCGCGGCGCUGCGGCUCGCGGCUCGUUUGUGAAUGAGGUAUAUCCAGAGUGCCGAACGUACUGUGUGUCAUUUUAAUCUCUUCAUUAAAGCGUUUUGCUGAUAAAA